AUGCAAAGGGUCGGGAAAAUUCCAAGAGCAAUCGUAAAUGGCAUGCAUGUCACAAAGAAAGCAAACUUUGCAAAGCAUCUGCUGUUUGAGAACCACAAGAAAGCAACUCUCAGGCUUGAAGAGAAAGAGCUGAUGUCUGCAGCCACUCCCACUCAAUCUAGUAGUGCAGACGAUACUCAAACAAGCUCUAGCGGAGCUCCAAAGCAAACACUGCUUCGAACAAUGCUCAAAAAAGUUAAUGCUGCCCAACAGCAGCAGCUAGGUAGAAAAUUUCAACUUGCCCAUUUCACUAGCUCAAAUGCAAAAUCAUUCAAGAUGUAUGCAGAUUUUGCUGCAUUUGAAAAAAAAACAGUUGAUCUUGGUGCACUUACUUAA